AUGUCCCCUUAUCCGAUCGACAAGGCACCAUCGUCUGGAACAUCCGUUAGCCGCACAAAUCCCCAUACGUAUUCCCCGCCUCAGCAUCACCACCACGCCGAAUUCGGUUCAUGCAGUGGGCUAAGUGGAUUUUCGGCUUGUAAAUGGAGACGCAUUGCGUAUGGGAAGCGUGAGUUGCCCAAUCACGAGGGUCUUGUCGAGAUAGGCGCUGGUUCUCAUGCUUUAUCUAGCAUGUGUAGUAAGCACGAGGCCAUGUUUUUGAUUACUGUAGCUGAUAUCGAAAGUGGAGAUGGACUCAUGAUUUUCCGCCUGUUUACUUCCCAAUAG